AUGUCAGUCCUCAGCGGCUUGGAAUCUCGAUACAGCUGUUGUGGAGGUGUCCUUGGAUCCCUCGGGUGUCAGGUCGCCAAGCUUCAUGUUCAUGACCAAAAAGAAAAUCUAGAGGGCUUUGUGAAGACUUUUGCCAAGGUCCUACCCGCUGAUGGUAAUCCUGGUGUGUUUGCAGUAAAUUGUGAAGUGUGCUAUACGGCCAAAGGUUUGGAACUUACUCGAGUGACAGUUGUUGAUUCCAGCCUCCACAUGGUCUACGAUACAUUUGUGAAACCAGAUGAGGAAGUCAUUGACUAUAACACCAGGUUUUCUGGUGUAGUUGAAGAUGAUUUGAAGAACACAACAACAUCAAUCCGUGACGUCCAAGCCAUCUUGUUGAGCCUUUUUAGUGCUGACACUAUAAUAAUUGGACAUAGCUUUGAAUAUAGUCUAUAUGCUCUUAAGUUAAUUCAUUCUUCACUCGUGGACACAUCACUUAUGUUUCCUCAUCGGCUGGGCUUGCCUUACAAAAGAUCCCUGAGGAGUCUAGCGGCAGAUUACCUGCAGAGAAUCAUUCAGGAUGACGGUCACAAAUCUACAGAAAAUGCAAAAGCUUGCAUGGAACUGGUCCUUUGGAAGGUAAAAGAAGACCUGAAAGGAAAGAAGUAGUCACUUUGCUCAAGAACUUCGCUGUACCAGGGACUCCUCUGGCUCCCACUGCUGGCAGUGGAGUUCCGUCUGGGGUUUCUUGACACUUCAGAGAGGAGGAGGAAGAAAAGAACUGUUGAGGUUUAUUUAUUACAUUUUAAAGGUUAUAUUUCCACAGUGAUUUCUCAAGUUGGGUCUGUGGGCAGAGGGAGGGGAUGAUGAGGAAUUAAGUUAGUUUGAAUUUUCAACUCAUCUCUGUAAGUAAUUUGCUUCCUCUUGUGAAUAACAGUGGAAAGCAGUUUGGAUUUGAAGCAGUGAGUCUAAUACUGUUUGCAAAGGUUGUUUCUCUCUUUAUACUUAAAACUAUCAUACUGCUUGGCGUUAAAAACAUCUUUACCUAACGAAAUUGGAACCACUUCCUUUAGAUCUCCUGUACAUAAAUAGAAGUAGAGGGUUUUGUUUUUUUUUCCUUUCUCACAAAAUAUAUGAAAGUAAAUGUAAACUUUUCACUCUGUUGACAUAAA